UAAGUUGUGAUCUUUAACUAAUUAGAUGCAUGCCCAUUUCAAAAGCCUCUAAUUAAGUUCUAAUUAAUUUACUGAAUUGCAUUUGCACACUUUGUAUCCCACCAUACCUUUAAAUACCCAUUUCCUCAUUCUUUCAUUCUCACCCAACCCUAUUCAAUUCAAUACUUCUCUUCCAACUUGCCUUAGAAAUUAACCGAGAUAAUGGGAAGCUUGAUUGGGCAUGUACUUCCAGGCCUUGGGUUCUUCUUCAUUGGGCUAUGGCAAUUGUUCAAUCACAUAAAGCUCCAUGCCCGCAAUCCAAAGUCAUACACGGCAUCUUUGUUCUUUCCGAUAAAGAAGUCGAGGUAUGGCGAACUCUACUUCAUGAUGGCGGGAAGUACAAUGUCCAUUCUCAUGGAGCUUUUUGUUGGUCCUGUGAAGCAUCAACCGUUCGACGUGGAUGGGACAAUCCCAACCACCCAUCUGCACAACUUCGAGCACGCGUCCAUUUCUUUGACCAUAUUCACUUACGCAGCUUUCGCUGUGAUUCUUGACAAAUUUGGCCGUAAAAAUUCCAAGUAUGCCCUAAGCCUAGCUAUGGGAGCCAUCGCCUUUUGGCAAGAGUACAUCCUCUUCCACCUCCACUCGACCGAUCACAUGGGGUUGGAAGGUCAUUAUCAUUGGUUCCUUCAAAUUCUCAUCCUCGUCUCGCUUAUUACCACCAUCCUCGGCAUUCCCUACCCUAAAAGCUUCUUGAUGAGCUUCGUGAGGUCCUUCAGCAUAACUUUUCAAGGCAUCUGGUACAAUGUUAUGGGAAUCAUGCUUUGGACAAAGAGUUUAAUGCCGAAAGGAUGUUUCAUGCACAUGGAAGAAGCUCACUAUGUGGUGAGGUGCAAUACGCCAGAAGCCCUCGACAGGGCCAAAGCACUAACUACCCUCGAGUUUAGCUGGUACUUGGUCAUUUGUGUUAUCCUUUCCAUGUGUUUGUACUUGUACAUGAUCAAAGUCUACCCCGAGAAAGAAGGGUUCGAGUCCUUGGCAAAGUACGAAUUGGGUGAUGAUCAAGACGAGCAGGAUGCUGAUCAUGAUGAUGCCGAGGCACAAAAGGAGAGUGGCAAAUGUGGCCUCUUGAACGGAAAGGAAUUCAAGGAAUGAUUAAUAUAAGAGACAAGGAGAGCGCCAAAGUGGAUUAGUAUUUGGUGUUUCUAAACAAAUGGUUGGUUAUAUCUAAGUAUAUUGAUUAAUUCAAUAUUGUACGUGUGUUUGGUUUCGAUCAUUGGUAAUUUGAUGGAUUUUAAAUU